UGUUUCUAUAUACAUACACAACACACAUACAUAUUAUAUACAUACAUAUGAAUUGAAAGCCACGUGUACCGCGUAAAGAAAGUGUAUAUAUAUAUAUAUGUGUGUGUAUGUGUAUGUACGUGCUGUGUGUUUAUCUAUACGCAACAUUUGUUGAGUUGGAAAUAUGGACGAUGAGGUUUAUAACAUGAAACGAUUUCUUUUACUAUUAAGAUAUACUUAAAGUAUUUUUUUUUUUUUUUGAUAAAUAAAUACGAACCAAAUCUGCAUUAAAUGCAGUAUAAACUUCUAAAAUCUGAAAAUGAAAAAUUCUAUGAAAAGGAAUCAUCACCCAGUAUGAAAAAAAGUAUCAGUCAACCUGGAAGAAGAUAUUUUAUGAUAAUUACUUUACUUGGUAUAUUAUUCCUUGGUUAUAUUGCAAUAGCAAAUGAUUUAAAGCCAAUAAGAAUUGGUAGUAAGGUUAUUGAUACUUUAGCAUUUUCACUAAAUAUACAAAAGCCAUUUUAUGUUGUUAUCAUCGAUGCUGGAUCUACCGGCAGUCGUGUAUUAGCAUUUAGCUUUCACGAAUCAAUUCUCAACCAUCAUCUAAUAUUAGAUGCUGAAAUGUACAGUGAAACUAAACCUGGAUUAAGUGCAUUUGCAGAUGAUCCAAAAGUUGCAGCACAAUCUCUUAUUAAGCUAUUGGAAAAAGCUAAAUCAGUUAUACCUCAAUCAGAAUGGUCCAAUACUCCGCUUACUAUGAAGGCUACUGCUGGCCUUAGGUUAUUGCCUGGACAUAAAGCAAAUAAUAUACUUGAAGAAUGUAGUAAACUUUUUGAGUCAUCUGGAUUCAGAAUAUCAAAAAAUUCAAUUUCUGUAAUGGACGGAGCUAGUGAAGGAAUUUUUUCUUGGUUCACAGUAAAUUUUCUAUUGGAUAAACUUAAUUCUCAUACAUCAGAAAAUACGGUAGCUGCACUUGAUCUUGGUGGGGGCUCUACGCAAGUAACUUUUUCACCAAAUAAAAUGCAAGCGAAAGAAUUGAAACAACAUGUGUAUGCUAUUAAUGCUUUUAGUCAUAAUAUGAGCGUAUAUACGCAUAGCUAUCUAGGAAUGGGUUUAAUGGCUGCUAGAAAAGAAAUCCUGACGCAUGGAAUGACUAUAAAAAAUACUACUACAAAGGAUACAAUAGUAAUCCGAUCUGAAUGUAUAAAUCCAAUUGUGAGUGCUCCAUGGAGUUAUGGAGGACAAAAUUAUAUAAUAAAAGGACCUGUUAAUGCAACACUUAAAACGGUUAAGACACAAAAUUUUGCAGGAGGUGAUGAGAAUAGACCGAUCGUAAGAUUUUCAGAAUGUUUAAAAAUUGUUGAAAAAUAUGUUAAUACGAUAAGUAAUAAGCCAAUAGGAUUGGGUACUCAUGAAAUAUACGCUUUUUCUUAUUACUUUGAACGAGCUACAGAGGUAGGUUUAAUAGACCCUUUCUCUGGUGGUGUCAUACAUUUGGGUGCUUUUCUAAAACAAGCAACAGAAACUUGUGAUUAUCCUAAUGCAGAGCAACCAUUUAUGUGUUUGGAUUUAACAUUUAUUUAUGUCUUGUUACAUAAUGGUUUUGGUUUAGAACCUUCUACAAGGUUAUUUUUAUAUAAGAAAAUCAAUCAACAUGAGUUAAGCUGGGCUUUAGGAGCUGCCUUUAACGUAUUACAAAGUGGUCUUUGACAUUUGUAGAAAGAACAAUAUUAAUAUAUAGAAAAAUAAUGGAAAUAGAAAAAUUAUUAAUUUUUAAUAGUACGUUAUUAAAAAGUAUUGAAUGUCGUCAGUAUCAACAAAUCUUAAUAUAAAAGUUAAGUUUUAAAAAAAAUAUAAUUUAAAAAGAUUUUACAAUGGGAAAUUAUAAAUGGUUAAUAUUAUAUUAUUAAUGUUAAUUUAUAAUAUCAAUUAUAAUUAUCAAUUAUAAUUGAUAAUUAUAAUAUUAUAACAUAUUUAUUUUAUUUUAAUAAUAUUAUGACACAUUCUGCACAAAUCUUAACAUUAACAAAUGAAUGGUAAAUGCUUUGUUUAUUAUUUAAUCGUUUUUUCUUUUUUCUUUAUUUUUUUUUUUUUUUAUAAUUGUAAUUCUUUUACAUCGGAUUAUUGUUGAAAACAAUUUAAAUUUAAAAUAUAAAACUUAAAGUUACGACUAUUUUUUGAAUAAUGAAUGCGCACUCAAUGACAUGCACAAUCUACAUACGCACAAAUAUGAAUGAUGUUAUGAUGUUAUACUAAUAGGAAUAAAAUAAUUUAAAAUAAAAAUGUUAUUUCUUAUAGGUUUAAAUAAAGAUAAAAUAAAAAAAUAUAUACAUUUAACGGUGUAUUAAAGUAUAGAAGUAUUAAAUAAAACUUAAAAAUAUGUUAAAUCAUAUAAAACAAAAAGAUUAAUUUUAUCUAACUUAUUGAAAAAGUAUUGAACUGUAUCAUUCAAUUGUUUGUUUUUGACUCAUAUGAUUCAAAUGAUAACAGGAAUACACUGCUUUCUAUUAACUCUUGUUCCUGCUGUAAUGCAAACAAAAUAUGUAUAUAUACAUAUAUAUAUAUAUAUAUAUAUAUAUUAUAUAAAAUCUAUGCUAUAUAUAUAUAGGAAAUAAAAUAAAGAAAAUAGAGAAAAUAUAUGAAAGAAAAAUGUCAUAAAAUAUUACUCUAGUAGUGACUCCAAUAAAACCAUCAGCAUGAACAAAUAAUUCUUUUUUUAAAGAUAUUGUUAUGAAGUGCAUUAAAUCAAGAUUGGAUCGAAUAAAAUUAACAACAUUUACUACAUUAAUUUUAUCCAAAGCUGCAUCUAUUUCAUCCAAGAUAAUAAAUGGUGCAGUUUCAUAUCUAAAAUAUAACCCAAUAAACAUUAAAUUUCAACAAAUUGAUAAUUUCAACAAAAUAUUAUGUGUAUUUAAUUUAAUCUUAUAAUAAAAUAAACUGUACCUGUGUAUUGCAAAUAGUAAAGUUAAAAUAGCAAGUACUUGUUCACCACCUGAAAGACUUGAUAAGAAAUGAAAACGUUUUCCUGGUACAAUGCAACUGUAAUUUAUAUCAUCUAAAUAUGGUUCUUCUGGAUUAUAUGGAACAAGAGUAGCUUGAGCGGACAUAUUAUUAAGUAAAUACUGUAAGAGUAAUACAAUUUAAAAAAAGAUAAAAAGAAUUGAAAGAUACAAAUAAAAUAAAUAAGUUACUUUAUAUUUUUACUUUAUAAAUGUAAUCUGUAUGACAAGUAAGUUGGUCAAAACAUUUCAUGAAUCUGCUGAUUCUUUCUUCCUUGA